AUGCAUUCCCAAUCUUCAUCCCACUCCGAGCUGCACCCGAUGGUUUCUCGGCCGCAAGAAAAAUCCGAAAAGUCGUUGCACGACGUAAAAACGACUCAUGGUUCCGCGACGCAUGCGACGCAUGCGUCGCAUGCGUCGCACGGUGUUCGAACUUUCCAUAAUCCUUCGCUGCCCGAGGUGACCCACUCAGACGAGGAAGACGACCACGCGCUCGAGCGUGUGUACACCACAGAGACUGAGAUCGAGUAUCGUGGCGACGAUGACCCAGACGCACCCGAUCUGCGUCCCAAGACCUGCAUGCGCUACCUGGCUACACGUGCCAGCACGCUCGCGCGCGUGCACAAGGUGUCGUGGAGCAACAUCAACCCCAUCACCGAAUUGCGCAAGAUGACAUGGCAAAACUGGAACUACUUCUUCAUGGGCUACUUUGCAUGGCUGUACGCCGCGUGGGCGUUCUUCUGCGUGUCGGUUUCCACCGGCCCGCUGGGCGAGCUGUACGACAAACCUACGAAAGAGAUCACGUGGGGCCUGUCGCUGGUUCUGUUCGUGCGUUCCUUCGGUGCCAUCACCUUCGGGCUCUGGACCGACCGCUACUCGCGCAAAUGGCCCUACAUCACCUGUCUGGGCAUUUUCCUGGUCGCGCAACUCUGCACGCCCUGGUGUGACACCUACUCCAAGUUCCUGGGCGUGCGCUGGCUCGCGGGUAUCGGCAUGGGGGGCAUCUACGCGUGCGCUGCGGCGACUGCGAUCGAGGACGCGCCCGUACGCGCGCGGUCCUUCUUGUCUGGUUUGUUCUUCAGCGCGUACGCCAUGGGCUUCAUCUGGGCCAUGAUUUUCUACCGUGCGUUCGAAAAUAUCGGCAAGAGCGGCUGGAAAAUUCAGUUCUGGUUCUCGUGCUGGCUGCCAGCGUUCCUAAUCUGCUGGCGUUUGCUGUGGCCGGAGACCCGUUACUUCACGAAAGUGUUACGUGCACGCCAGCUCAUCGUCGAAGACGCGGUCGCCGCCAACGGCGGUGUUCCUCUCCCUGCACGUACAUUGCGUCAACGCAUGCAAGACGCGCGUCGGAUGGUCGCCAAGUACUGGCUGCUCUUUGGCUACCUCGUUCUACUGCUGGUCGGUCCCAACUACCUCACACACGCCUCCCAAGAUCUGCUGCCUACCAUGUUACGGAGCCAGCUCCAUCUGUCGCAGGACGCGAUCACGGUUAUUGUCACCGUGGUCAAUAUCGGCGCCAUCACCGGUGGCAUUGUCUUUGGCCAACUAAUGGAGAUCACGGGACGUCGUCUGGCACUGCUGAUCGCGUGUGUCAUGGGUGGCUGUUUCACUUACCCAGCCUUCAUGCUGCGGACCAAGGAAGCAAUGCUUGGUGCAGGGUUCAUGCUAUAUUUUUGCGUCUUUGCUGUGUGGGGUGUUUUGCCCAUCCACCUAAGUGAGCUCUCGCCUCCAGACGCUCGUGCACUGGUGUCGGGUCUCACAUAUCAACUAGGUAACCUUGCAUCUGCCGCCUCAGCCACCAUUGAGACUCAAUUGGCCAACCGUUAUCCUAUUGAUUUUGACUCCGCAGGCAACCCAACCACAUUUGACUACGCCAAGGUUAUGGCCAUUCUCACGGGUUCUGUGUUCCUGUUCACCUUCAUAUUUGUCUUCUUGGGCCACGAGAAAUUCCACCGCGAUCUCUCCUCUCCAGUCAUGAAAAAGUACAUCGCCAGGGUCGAUGCCUCGGAUGAAGGCGCCCGCGCUGCCUCUGCAGAGUUCGUCUCCUCUCAUCACAUGCAACUGGAAGACUCCGUCAAUGACAAGCCCUCCCAAGAGUUCAUCGAGACUGUGCGGUAA